AUGCAGCAGCAGCCCCCGGCCGGGCCCCCAGCCCUCUCGGCGGAACCCACCAAGCCCCCCUACAGCUACAUCGCCCUGAUCGCCAUGGCCAUCCAGAGCUCGCCUGGCCAGCGGGCCACCCUCAGUGCCAUCUACCGCUACAUCAUGGGCCACUUCGCCUUCUACCGCCACAACCGGCCUGGCUGGCAGAACAGCAUCCGGCACAACCUGUCACUCAAUGAGUGCUUUGUCAAGGUGCCCCGCGACGACAGGAAGCCAGGCAAGGGCAGCUACUGGACGCUGGACCCCGACUGCCACGACAUGUUCGAGCAUGGCAGCUUCCUGCGCAGACGCCGGCGCUUCACCCGACGGGCAGAUGCCGAGGGGGCCAAGGUCCCUGCCAGGGCGCGCCGGGGACCCCUCCGGGUCACCAGCCGGGACCCAGGAGCCCCUGAUGCCACCGCUUGCCAGCAGUGCCCUUUCCCGUCCGAGCAGCCAGAGCCCAAGGGGCUAAGUUUUGGGGGUCUGAUGGGGGCCUUGCCAGCCAGUGUGUGCCCAGCAACCACUGAUGCCAGGCCUCGGCUGCCCACGGAGCCCGAAGAGAUGCCCACACCCAAGCAGGCAGGCCCGGGGGAGCUCACUGUGGCCACGUCGCCCUCCCCAUGCCCAGUGUUUGGCUUCUCUGAGCCUGAGGGUUUGGGCAAAGUGCCUCCACCCAUCUUGACCACUGAAACAGGCAUUGGGAGCAGUUACCAGUGCCGGCUACAGGCCCUGAAUUUCUGUGUGGGAGCAGACCCCAGCCUUGAGCACCUCUUGGCCGCGACAGUCCCCUCCCCUGCUUCCCCUUCCCCUCCAGCCUCACUCCGUGCCCCGCUGCCCCUGCCAGCUGACCCCAAGGAACCCUGGGUUGCAGGCAGCUUCCCUGUCCAGGGAGGCCCAGGUUACCCACUGGGGCUGACUCCCUGCCUAUACCGGACGCCAGGAAUGUUCUUCUUUGAGUGA